CCCCACCAUCCCAGCCCAGCCUUACAGUACCAGACUUUCAAUGUCCACGGUCGGAGUGCACACCACGAUGGCAGACUCUCUCAUAGAGGCCCUUGAGAAAGUAAACAUUGAGGCCAGUAAUGCUGAUGGGACAGCAGACGACUGGAUUGACAGCAUUCUCGACUCUCAGCGGCCACGCAAACGGGUAAAGCAAGACCAAAAUGAGCUCAAGCGCUCUCUAGAAGAGAAAUACCUGACCCCAUCGGCAUCAUUCUCCACAGAAUGUCUCAACAAACUUCAGCAGUGAGUAUUUAUUUUAGCUAGAAGGUCUAUAGAGCUAAUAAUGUCUUUCCCAGACGAUGGGAGGAGCCUACAGACUUUACAACCCUCUUUAAAAUUGCGCCCACCCAGACACGAACUAUCACCCGAUUUACUCGCGAAGGGCUCGAAGGACGUGUCACCGGCUACAAGGAGGUUACAGUUCCUGCCAAUAGUGCCACUGCGAAAAACUCUACAUCUUUCCUACGAAAGCCCGCAAAUAAGGCGGACAUGGUGCGGGGGGCGGCUGGAUUCUUUCCUUUUGCCCCCGGCGGACUUGAAAGCGUGGAAGCUGCGGUGGCUUUAGAUGAACAAGCCAUGAGAGCAGAGGGUUCCAUCGACAAUAAUGCUGGAAAGAGCAAGCUAGAGAGAGUGAUCAAUUUCAGUGGCGAAGGUGGACUCUUGAGCGUUCCACCAGGAUUCAGUCGGGGUCUGGAUUUCAGUAACGCAAAGAAGAAUGAAGCAGAUGUCAAAGAAGCAGAGGAGAUUGAGAAUGUGCUUGAGGAAGAACCAGAUGAAAAAUUGCCCCAGGACGCGAAUGCGAAUGGAGCAACAACUGGUUCUGAUGAUUCUGAUGAUAUCUCGGAAUCUGAGGAAGACGACAUCGAUUCUCUAUUGCCGGUCGAAUUUCCAGCCCUGGAACCCCACGGUGUUUUGGUGGCCUCGAGUGCUAAACGGGGAGGAAAACAAUGGGCACAUAUGGUGGACAUCAAGCGUGGAAUUGACAAUUUCCAUGAACUUGUACCAGACAUGGCAAGAGAAUGGCCUUUUGAGCUUGAUACUUUCCAAAAAGAAGCCGUUUAUCAUUUGGAAAAUGGUGAUUCAGUCUUCGUAGCCGCGCACACUUCCGCCGGAAAGACUGUCGUUGCAGAGUACGCCAUAGCUUUAGCAGCAAAGCAUAUGACCAAGGCCAUUUACACAUCACCUAUCAAAGCUUUGAGUAAUCAAAAGUUUCGGGACUUCCGACAGGUUUUCGACGAAGUUGGAAUUCUGACUGGAGAUGUUCAAAUUUCUCCGGAAGCAAGUUGCCUGAUUAUGACGACAGAGAUUUUACGAAGUAUGCUUUACAGAGGAGCUGAUAUAAUUCGAGAUGUUGAGUUUGUUAUAUUUGAUGAAGUUCAUUAUGUCAACGAUCUGGAGCGAGGAGUUGUUUGGGAAGAAGUCAUCAUCAUGUUGCCAGAGCAUGUUACAUUAAUUCUGCUAUCUGCUACAGUUCCGAACACUUACGAAUUUGCUUCAUGGGUCGGGCGUACUAAAAGAAAGGAUAUUUAUGUCAUUUCCACUCCAAAGAGACCUGUACCUUUAGAGCAUUACAUUUGGGCUGAUAAAGGGAUACACAAGAUUGUGGACGCAAAUAAAAAGUUUAUUGAGAAAGGAUGGAAAGAUGCGAACGAUGCCUUAUCAGGAAGAAAGAAGGAGAAAUCACCGCCUGUCAAUGAUAACUCGAGAGGUGGUGGAAAUAAUGGAAGAGGAAAUGGAGGGGGACGAGGAGGGAGAGGUCAGAACCAAAGUGGAGGGCCACAGAGAGGAGGCGGUGGUGGCCGAGGUGGUCCUCAACAGAGAGGACGUGGAGGACCCCCAAGAGCAAGUCAUAACCCUGGCCAUAUGGGCAGAGGUGGCCGACCUGGUGGUAGAACCUCUGCUGCUCAGGAUAAGACGCUUUGGGUUCACCUUGUUCAGUUCUUGAAGAAGGAAAGCCUGUUACCUGCAUGUAUUUUCGUUUUUUCAAAAAAACGCUGCGAGGAGAACGCGGAUGCUCUCAGCAAUCAGGAUUUCUGUACCGCAACGGAGAAGAGUGCCAUUCAUAUGAUCAUCGAAAAGUCGAUUGCAAGGCUGAAGCCGGAAGAUAGAGUGCUGCCCCAAAUAGUACGACUCCGAGAUUUGCUGGGCCGUGGAAUUGCAGUUCAUCAUGGUGGUAUGCUUCCAAUAGUGAAGGAGGUUGUAGAAAUGCUUUUUGCCCAAACUCUGGUCAAAGUCCUUUUUGCGACGGAAACCUUUGCGAUGGGGCUGAACUUGCCAACUAGAACAGUUGUCUUUUCCGGCUACCGAAAGCACGAUGGUCACUCUUUCCGGAAUCUUCUACCUGGAGAAUAUACUCAAAUGGCCGGUAGAGCUGGUCGUCGAGGUUUGGAUACGGUAGGUUCAGUUAUCAUUGUUGCGCCUGGCGGCGGAGAAGCACCGCCAGUAACGGAGCUUCGUCAAAUGAUCUUGGGAGAGCCAUCUAAGCUUCGAUCUCAAUUUAGAUUGACUUACAACAUGAUACUGAAUCUGCUUCGUGUGGAAGCUUUGAAGAUUGAAGAGAUGAUCAAGCGAAGUUUCAGUGAGCAUGCUACUCAGCAACUUCUACCCGAGCACGAAAAAUCCAUCAAAGUUUCUGAGGCAGACCUGGCAAAACUUAAGCGAGAUAGUUGUGAUAUCUGUGACAAAGAUAUGGAGAUAUGUCACCAAGCUGCUCAAGAUUACCGGCAACUAUCUACUGACUUCUAUCUUGGUUUAUUGGCUACUCCGGUCGGACGUCGAAUGUUUUGCCCGAGACGACUCAUAGUAUACAAUCGUGAAGGCAUACGAACCCCUGGAAUUCUCCUCCGAGAUGGAACCACAGAUGGCACUGCGUCUACGGUUCAUGUGCUGGAGAUCAGAACUCAAAGAGACGCCAGAGAUUCAACAGACAUUCUUCCCUUCCUGCCUAAGUUUCGUAAAAGUUUAACAAAGCUCCCCCAGGCCAAGAAGCACAUUUCGACCAAGACAUAUCAAAUACCUGUUGCCGAUAUCGAAUGUCUAACUCAUACUGUCCUCAAGGGUGUUAUUCCAGACAUGUUUCAUGGGGGUGAGGGCUAUCAAAAAGCCAAGGACCAAUUGCACCGUAUAUGCUCAUCAUGGGAGCGCGACCAAUGGAACGAAUUGGACACGGACAAAAUCAAGAAUUUGGCCCUCCGAGAUAUUCUAGCCAAACGCUGGGAACAGUCGGGGAUUGCUCAAAAAGCCAAAUGCUUGGAGUGCCCGCAAUUCAUCAAGCAUGUGAGUAAUAUAUCUUUGCUGGACUGAACCAUUGCUAAUGACUUUUAGUUUGCCAUGUGUCACGACCAAUGGCUCAUCACAGAGAAUAUCACGCAGUUGAGGCAGCUUAUGUCUGAUCAAAAUCUUCAGCUUCUCCCGGAUUAUGAACAACGACUUCAAGUAUUACGAGAUCUUAGUUUCAUCGACGAAGGAUCAAGGGUUGAACUGAAGGGCAAAGUCGCAUGCGAAAUACACUCUGCUGACGAACUUGUUCUUACCGAGUUGAUUCUCGACAACGUCCUGGCAGCCUACGAACCAGCCGAAAUCGUAGCCCUGCUUUCCGCUUUUGUCUUCCAAGAGAAAACUGAUACCGUACCCAAUUUGACCAGCAAUCUUGAAAAGGGGAUGAAAACCAUCAUCGAGAUCUCUGAGAAGGUCAAUGAGCGACAAACCUACCAUCAAGUCAUCCUAUCUUCCGACGACUUGAACGAUUUCGUCUCUCGGCCUAGGUUCGGCUUGAUGGAGGUUGUCUAUGAAUGGGCUCGUGGCAUGAGCUUCAAGAACAUUACCGACCUGACGGAUGUGCUUGAAGGGACGAUUGUCAGAGUCAUCACCAGACUUGAUGAGACGUGUAGGGAGGUUAAGAACGCGGCGCGAAUUGUUGGCGAUCCGGCGUUGUUUACUAAGAUGCAGACUUGUCAGGAGAUGAUCAAGAGGGAUAUCACGGCUGUGGCGAGUUUGUAUAUGUAGAGAUUGUGUAUGUACUGUACGUAGGUAGGAUAGUGAGAAGUCUUGGCUGGUAGGCAAAAGAUAUGAUAACGUUGUGUUGAUAU